AUCCAAAGUCACUCUCUCUCUCUCUCUUGUUUUCUCAGAGAGAGUCUUUGGUGUGUUUCAGAGCUUUUCUUGCUUAACCGAUCCUUCCAAAACCCACAGAGCCGCCUUGAGCAAAGCAGCUUCACAACAAACAUUCAAGCCUCCAAGAAAUCUACCGACAACCAAAAAUCAAACCCCAUGUUCAAAGUCUCCAUCUGUACGGCAAUAGCCACUUCUCUCUUCUUCCUCCUAUUUUCUUCGCCUCCAAAACCCUCCCAUCACUCCCUCUACAUCUCCAGUUCCCUAUCCGACAAUGCCUCAAUAUCACACCACCUCUACACCCUCACUAGGCGGCCACAUAUCGCUGGCUCCAAAGCAAACGCUGAUGCUGCGGCCUAUGUCCUGUCCACCCUCUCUUCCUAUGCCAUCAAAUCGCAUAUUGUGUCCUAUGAUGUGGCCCUAACAUACCCAGUGUCACGUUCCUUGACACUGAUAAGACCAUCCCCGGAACCAUCCACCACCUUCGAUCUCCGGCAGGAGAUCUACGAUGGCGACCCAUAUGCUGAUGUGGCAAGUGAAGUGGUGCCCACUUUCCACGCAUAUGCAAAGUCAGGCACUGUGGCAGGGCCGGUGGUGUAUGUGAACUAUGGACGUGUCGAGGACUAUGAGGUAUUGAAAGAAAUGGGCGUAAGCGUGGAGGGUACUGUUGUUUUAGCGAGGUAUGGGAAGAUUUUCAGAGGCGACAUUGUUCAGAAUGCCUUUGCAGCUGGUGCUAUAGGGGCAGUUGUGUAUACAGAUAGGAAGGACUAUGGGGGCGGGGGAGGUGAUGCAAGGUGGUUCCCGGAUGACAAGUGGAUGCCACCAAGUGGGGUUCAGGUGGGAUCACUGCUCACUGUGGAUGGAGACCCCACUACGCCGGGUUGGGCAAGCACCAGGGACGAGUGUGAAAGGCUAUCAGAAGAGGAAGUGGAGAAUGGAGGGGGUGUUGGUAUGAUACCUUCAUUGCCCAUAUCUGCAGCAGAUGGUGAAGCAAUCAUGAGAACAAUUGGUGGGCAAGUAGCAAACGAUGAUUGGCAAGGAAGCACAGACGCCCCAGUUUACAGGGUUGGACCAGGACCAGCAAUUCUGAAUCUCAGUUACACUGGUGAGCAAAAAAUAACCACAAUCCAGAAUGUGUUUGGUGUGAUCGAAGGAACAGAAGAGCCUGAUCGAUUUGUUCUUCUUGGUAACCACCGGGAUGCCUGGACAUUUGGAGCUGUUGAUCCCAAUAGCGGCACUGCAACUCUGCUUGAGGUUGCUCAAAGGUUAAGAAAGCUGCAGAAGAGAGGGUGGAGACCUAGACGGACGAUAGUCCUUUGCAAUUGGGACGCAGAGGAAUAUGGCCUGACAGGAUCAACAGAAUGGGUUGAAGAGAACAGGGAAAUGCUAGCUUCGAAGGCUAUUGCUUAUUUGAAUGUUGACAGUGCAGUGUCUGGAGCAGGAUUCUAUGCCUCUGCAACUCCACAACUUGAUGAGCUACUCAAACAAGCUACUCAACAGGUUCAAGAUCCAGAUAACUCCUCCCAAUCUAUCUAUGAAUCAUGGGUUGGCUCCAGCAACUCUCCCAUAAUUGGGCGCUUAGGUGGUGGAGGAUCGGAUUUUGCGGCUUUUGUGCAACAUGUUGGUGUUCCAGCAACUGAUAUAUCUUUUGGAGCAGGAUACCCAGUCUAUCAUUCAAUGUAUGAUGACUUCAUCUGGAUGAAGAAAUUCGGUGACCCAAUGUUUCAUAGGCAUGCAGCAGCGGCUAGCAUUUGGGGUUUGGUAGCUCUUCGGCUUGCAGAUGAGGAGUUUUUGCCUUUUGAUUAUCUCUCCUAUGCAUAUGAGCUCCAGAAAAGUGCAAAGGAGUUGGAAGGAGAGAUCUCAAAUAAGGGCAUAAACCUUAUUCCCCUGUUCAAGUCUAUUGAGAAGUUCAAAAGGGCAGCAACCAAGAUAAAUCACCAGAGAAAGGAAAUAGAAGAAAACAAAGGUUGGGCAUCAAUAUGGAAAAAGGAGCACUUGAAAGUGAGGGAGCUGAAUGACAGACUAAUGAUGGCAGAGCGAGCAUUUACAGACCGAGAUGGACUCCUUGGAAGGCCAUGGUAUAAACAUUUGAUUUAUGGGCCAUUAAAGCAUGAUGACUAUGGAUCCAAAUCCUUCCCUGGAAUAGAUGAUGCUAUCGAAAAGGCAAAGAGUCAGAGCACAGAAAAGUCAUGGAGUUUAGUGCAGCACGAAGUGUGGAGAGUUUCUAGAGCUGUCAUAGACGCAUCACUAGUUCUCAAUGGUGAACUGACAUGAUUGUGUCUGACAUGAUGAACCCAAAUGCAGUUCACGUACUUCCUUUCUUAAGCAUAAGAGUUGAAAUAGGCAAACACCAUGGAUGUCUUGGAUUUUUCACCGCAGACAAUUUCACAUGGUUCACCAGAACUUCACUAAAUAAACGAUUAUCAGGAACAUGGAUCCUUCUGAAACCAACCAAAAAGAAUUCCAAAGCAAAACCCCAAUAAGAUCAAUCCAGAUUCCAGAUCCAA